AAUCCGUCCUCCUGGCCGCCUCAGCACCAGCUCCUUCACAUCACUCCUCUGAGGCUUGACAAGUCAACGACGCACCUGAGUCUGAACACAAUGAACACCCUAUCCCGCUCUGGAUCGUCCCUCUACCUGUCCUCUAUGCCCAUGAUGACUUCCUCCAGGCGGUCAACGGGAAGCGUCCAUGGCGGUGCAGGUGGUAAAAACAUCCGCGUGUCCUACGCCUCCAACGGGCUGGGCGCCGGCUUUGACCUGGCAAGUGCGCUCGGAGGUUAUGGAGGUAACAGCAGCAGCAGCAGCAGCAGCAGCAGUUUCGGCGUUUCGUGCAAUGAGAAAGUUACCAUGCAGAACCUCAACGACCGCCUGGCAUCCUACCUGGACAAGGUGCGCUCUCUGGAGUCCGCCAAUGCGAAGCUGGAGCGUCAAAUCCGGGAGUGGUAUGAGAAGCAGACCCCCACUGUCAGGGACUACAGCAAGUAUCAGGCUAUCAUCGACGACCUGCGUAAAAAGAUCAGUAUUGCCACACAGGACAAUGCCAGGCUGAUGUUGCAGAUUGACAAUGCCAGGCUGGCAGCAGAGGACUUCAGAAUCAAGUUUGAGAACGAGAUGGCAAUACGCAUGUCAGUGGAGGCCGACAUUGCCGGACUGCGCAAGCUCCUGGAUGACCUGACCUCUUCCCGAUCUGACCUGGAGAUGCAGGUGGAGGGCCUGAAGGAGGAGCUGGUCUACCUGAAGAAGAACCACGCAGAGGAGCUUGCGGCCAUGCAUGGCCAAGUUUCUGCCAGCUCUGUGAACGUGGAGGUGGAUGCCAAGCCUCAGGAGAACCUGAACACAAUUCUGGAUGAGAUCAGAAGUCAGUAUGAGGGCAUCACUGACAAGAACCGCCGUGACAUGGAGGCCUGGUACAAGGUCAAGUUUGACGAGCUGAACAAGCAGGUGGCAUCCAGCACAGAGACCCUUCAGACCUCCCGAAGCGAGAUCUCCGAGCUCAAGAGGACCCUGCAGGCCCUUCAGAUUGAGCUGCAGUCGCAGCUCAGCCUGAAAUCUGCCUUGGAGGGCCAGCUAGGAGAGACCGAGUCCCGCUACAGCCUGCAGUUGAACCAGCUCCAGGCCAUGGUCAACUCCCUGGAGAACGAGCUCAGCCAGAUGAGGACUGACAUCGAGAGGCAGGCUAGUGAGUACCAGGUUCUGCUCAGCAUCAAGACCAGGUUGGAGAUGGAGAUCGCCGAGUACAGAAGACUGCUGGACGGAGAGGAUGUGCAGAGAACUGUAAUCACAACAAAGGUCGAAGAGAAACAUCAACCAGUCAAAAGCCAGAGGAGGAGGGUGGUGAUCGAGGAGAUUGUUGAUGGAAGAGUGGUGUCCCGCACAGAAGAUGUGGACACAGCGGUCAUGAAGAGCUAGACGGACUGCAUCCCAACAGACCUGUGUCAGAUGUGUUGUGAUAAUAAAAAAUAAGCAAAGCCCCCCAAAAAAUUUUAAAAUGCGUAAGAAAUGAUAUAAAUGCAGAUGAUACAGGUGCCUGAAUUACACCUUUAAUAUCACCACAUUCACCCAAAAGCCACUAAAAACUACUGUAAAUUACAAUAAAUCUGUCUCCUGAAAUACCAAAUGUAAACAUCAGGUGGCACUGUGAGCCUGAUUGAUCUGAAAGAAACAGGAGGGUUGAAGCCUUUGACUGUUGAAUUAAAUAAGUAAAUGUAGUAAUGAAAUAAAGACAGUGUACCUUUCCCUUUCAUAUUUUGGUUAUUGUUAUUGUAAAAAGAUUACAAAAAAAGUCCUGAAAAUAUGUCACAUUUCACAUUGUCAAUGUCAAUGUACAUGUUGAUUUAAGAAAAUAUUGUUGUCAAAUUAAAUGUUAUCCUGUUAUCAUACA